AUGUUAAACAUUGGAUCGUCGUGCGGGAUGGGUGGGCCCGUUUACGUUUAUUUCACGCAAGGAAUUCGAACAACGACAAUUGAAGUGAAAAUCCCGUUCGCUGAAGAAGACCCAAGCAUUGAAUAUGCAAUGAAUAUGUUACUUCAAUUCGUUGUAUAUUUUCAUGGAUUUAUCAUCUAUGGCAGCAUGGAAAUGGCAAUGGCACUUUUUGGAAAUGUGAUAAAUAUAUCGCCGAGGCUGAUCAAGAACCGACUCAAGGAACUGUUCGAAUCGCGUGAAAGAAAGGAGGUAUCCGAGCUACAGCUUCGCGUGGCCUUCCAGGAUAUAACAAAACAAUUGCUCGAUUAUGAAGACUUUGUGGCGUGCCUUCGGGAUUUCGUGUACUGGCGAACCUUAGUGACACCAGCUCUGUUCACUUACUCGAUUGCGAUGGCCAUUUUCUGUCAAUACACUAUGGGCUUCGAAGCGGGCUAUGGCAUGGCUUUGAUGUCGUGGGUUCAAUUCUACUUCAUAUGUGAGACUGGACAAGAUAUUGAGGAAAAUGGAUUGGACGAAAUUCUCUACGAUAGCAAUUGGAACUGUUUACCAUGUGAGCUGCAAAAGGACUUAAUGCAACUGAUAAGUCAAAGGCAAAAUCGAGUAACUCUAAGUUUUGGACCGUUUGGAGUUGUCAACCGAGAUCUCUUGAAGAAUGUAUGUGUUCUUAAAAUGUAA